AUGUUGCUGUGGUCAGUAUGGAGUGUAACGUUGCUACUGACUGCGCUGGAGGCUGCAGAAGAGGACGAUGUCCGAGCAGGCUGCAGCACAGCCGUGAAUGACCUGGUGUAUAUUGUUGAUGGCUCAUGGAGUGUUGGCUUCUCUGACUUUGACACGGCCAAGCAGUGGCUUAUCAACAUCACCAGUCAGUUUGACAUCAGUUCCCACUACACACAGGUGGCUGUGAUCCAGUAUAGUGACACACCUCGACUGGAGAUUCCUCUGGGGAAACAUCAGGGCGGAGCAGAGCUCAUCCAGGCCAUACAGAGCAUCACCUACCUGGGAGGAAACACACAGACGGGCCGGGCCAUCAAGUUUGCUGUGAACCACGUGUUCUCCUCUUCUCAGCGAGCCAACCUGGUCAAGAACCGCAUCGCUGUGGUGGUCACUGAUGGCAAGUCUCAGGAUGAUGUGGUGGAUGCCAGCAUGGAGGCUCGAGCUCAGGGUGUUACAGUAUUUGCUGUGGGAGUUGGCAGUGAGAUCACCACCUCGGAGCUGGUAUCUAUCGCCAAUAAACCAUCAUCCACCUAUGUCCUAUACGCUGAAGAUUACACCACCAUCGACCGUAUCAGAGACUCCAUGGAACAGAAGCUAUGUGAAGUGGCGUCUCGUGAUGAGAAAGGCUUUGAGCUGAUGGUGGGCAUGAACAUUCAGAAGAAGGCCAAGAAGAUCCCUGGCUCUCUGGUUUCAGAAACAGCCUACACCCUCACUGCCUCCACUGACAUUACUGAGAAUACCAGAGAGAUUUUCCCAGAAGGCCUCCCUCCAUCCUAUGUGUUUGUAGCCACUGUGCGUCUAAAAGGGACUUCGAGCAAGCUGCCGUUUGACCUUUGGCGGGUGCUGUCAAAGGAUAAGGAGAUCCAGGCUGCAGUAACACUGAGUGGAAAAGACAAAGCUGUCACCUUCACUACGACCAGCAUGACAGAAAAGGAACAGAGAGUCACCUUUAAAGCAGGCUUUCAGAGUCUGUAUGAUGGAAAAUGGCAUCAGCUUAAACUCCUGGUGAGGCCACGUCACGUCACUGGUUUCCUUGACGAUCAGCAGAUCCAGGAGGUCAUGUUGGACCCAGUGGAGCCCAUUUACAUCAAUGGGGAGACACAGGUGUCUAAGAGGCGAGGAACGAGCGUCACUGUACCUGUGGAGAUCCAGAAGCUGCGUCUGUACUGUGAUCCUCAUCAGAGUGAGAGAGAAACAGCUUGUGAAAUCUACUCUGUGGAUGAUGAAAGGUGUCCUCUGAAUCGAACGGCCACAGCAGAAGAAGAAGAAGACUGCAACUGUGUAGUCGGCCCACCAGGGCAGCGUGGCCCGCCAGGACGCAUGGGCUUCCGAGGGGAGAAAGGGAGAGAGGGGCCACCAGGACCUGACGGUAAGCCUGGUAAAGAAGGGAAGCCUGGUGAUCUGGGCCCUCCUGGAUUACCAGGGAUCAAGGGUGAAGAUGGCCCUGAAGGAUUAAGAGGGGAGCCUGGUCUUAAAGGUAACAAGGGAGACAGAGGGGAGCCUGGCUUACUGGGAGAACAAGGUCCCCCAGGACCCAAGGGUCUUCCUGGUGAGAGAGGUGAGCCAGGACCUCCAGGAGAAGCUGGACCAAUGGGGGAACCAGGACCAAGAGGCACCGGUGGAGUAGUUGGACCACCAGGACUAAAGAAUCUGGAAGUGUUCUACACCAACUGGAAGCUGCUGGUGCACAGUUGGUGUCCAUAUGUGGCUGUGAGUGUGGGGGAGUGGGGGAACAGGGAGAUCCUGGACUGGCUGGUGAGGCUGGACCCCAAGGUGCCCCGGGUGCCCGGGGACCUCCUGGUGAAGCUGGCCCACAGGGAGCUCCGGGUCAGGAAGGGUUACCUGGGCCACAAGGGAGUCCAGGGACCCCGGGGGCCGCCCGGAGAGAUCGGCCGAGAUGGUCCCAAGGGAACGUGUGGCGAGCCUGGAGCUGCUGGUCCUCUUGGUCCACCAGGACAGAAGGGCUCAGCGGGCGAGUCGGGCUUUCCAGGGCAGCCCGGUUCCAUGGGGCUGCCAGGGUUCAAAGGCCAUAAGAAAGGAGUGACAGGUGAUGAGGGCCACAGGGGGCCUGAAGGAAAGAAGGGUGACAUGGGUCACAUGGGUGUUGUUGGUCCCAGGGGAUUUCCUGGCCAGGAUGGGUUGCCAGGCCAACCAGGCCAGCCAGGAUAUCCUGGAAAACCUGGCAAGCCUCCCUCAGAUGAACAUCUUCUAAAGCUCUGCACCGAUGUUCUGCGUAACCAACUCCCAGCACUCCUCCAGUCCCUGGCUCCUCCAUCUAGAUGUGAACCCUGCCAGAGUGUGAAGGGACCCCCAGGUGAGCCAGGAUUACCAGGACCCAAAGGCUCCAUGGGAACCCCAGGCUACCCUGGCAGAAGUGGUGCUCCCGGUUACCCAGGACCUCCUGGAAUGCAGGGUCCCACAGGCCUCAAAGGUGACGUGGGAACAAGAGGACUCAAAGGAAGCAAAGGGGAGGGUUACCACGGACCUCCAGGACCACCCGGACAGCCAGGGAUUCAAGGUCCCCGCGGCUUUGAUGGAAUCGGCCAUCCGGGCAACCAGGGAAUUCCAGGAAAACCAGGACCACCAGGAGAUCCCGGUAAACGGGGCAACCCGGGGCUUCCGGGAGUGUGUGAUGUCUCCAUGUGUUACCAGACCUACAACCUCAGGGAACAUUACAGCAAAGGACCCAACGUCUGA